AGAGACAAUUAUAAGUUGAAAGAUCCACUCGAAACCAUGAAGACCGUUGCCUUCCUCGCUGUCGUUGUCCUGUUCGCGGCCUUCGCCUGCGCCUCCUGCUCGAGCUCCUAUGCGGCUCCGGCCCCGGCCGCUGCCCCGGCCUCCAGCUACUCCUCGGUGCCGGCGCCGCCGUGCCCCAAGAACUACCUGUUCAGCUGCCAGCCCAACCUGGUGCCCGCCCCCUGCGCCCAGCAGGCGGCGCCGGCCGCCUACGGCUCGGCGGGGGCCUACACGGAGCAGGUGCCCUCCUACAUCGGAUUCGCGCCCUACCAGCAGCUGCAGCAGUACCACCAGCGGAUCGGCAACGCAGCCCUGAUCGACGAGCUGCGCAGCCUGGGCCAGGGCAUCCAGGGGCAGCAGUACUGAGGGGGGGACCACACCACUCUUCAGCUCUUCGGAGGAGUAGCUUAGCUUAGCUUAGAUCUGCAUACAAAUAUAUACAUAAAUAUC